UCAGUAACUAAAGUAAUCCAAGCAGUCCAUCUCAAUUAGAAAAUGCAUUAAAAGCACUAUCUUUGCACCAAUGACCAAAUGAAAUUUAUUAAUUUCGCAGUGGAAAAAUACGGUUGCGCUAUAAAUUUUUAGUGAGUGCAGUGGAAGAUGUUGAUAUUUGUGUUGCGCUACUUCUUCGUUUAUUGGAUACUGCUGGGUGGCAGCGCCAGCGAAGAAUCGCUUUUACGUGAGUUAAAUUUGGAAUUGAAAGACUUCCCCACAACUUUGUGUAGAUUGCAUUGCAUGCAUCGCUUACGAAAAACGAAAUACGAAGGCGACUUGACGGAGCGACAUAACAAUUGGGCGGAUCAAUCGUGCACCGAACACUGUACGAGGGAAAAUGCUACAACGUCCGCGCAAUCGGAUAAGUAUCAGUUUACACAUACUCGCUAUCGGAUGAUAUUAGUCUGUCGCGACGACACUAGCUUGACAUUUCGCAUUGUACACAUACGCAGCGUUGGAAAUGAAGAUACAGAUAAGAUUGUAGAAGGUGAAAGAACAGAAAAGAAAUAUAGAAGCAUUAUAUUAAAUAGCGUAGAUGAAGAUCCCACCGUGUUUACUUUGCCGGUGAGCAUGGGGAAUGCUACGGCGCCGCAAAUGCAGACAACAAUGUCAAAUCCCAACAUUGACACCGGACAACUGAGUGAGCCCGCAGAAGCGAUUUAUAUGAUUAAAGUACAAAGUGGCACAAACGCGACUAUUUAUAUGUUCAAUGAGAACUUUUUCACAAUAGAUUAUCUCCAAAAUUCCACCACCUAUACAAUUUCCGCUUUGGCGGUGAAUGCCAAACAUCAAUAUGCCGUCGUGGCUAGAGCGGAGGAAUAUUCGACUUUACAGCAAGACUAUACGCCGGGCUUUGUCGGAGAUAUGCAAUUGGAGCGCUUUUUGCCCGACUAUUCAAAUGAAAGGCAACUUUUGGCGGAAAUCACUUGGCAGCCGCCUGAAGACAGAACAUGUUACUACCUUAUACUCUACUUCGAUGAUUCCGGGUCUGAUAUGACAUCUAUGGAAAUACGUAAUCCUCGACAAUUGUACGUGCAUACUUUGGAGAAUUUAACCUUUUCGGCCGUGUACAAAGUUGGUAUAAUCGCCCAGAAUACCCACAAUGCCGCCAAGGAAAGUGAAAUGAAGUGGUUAAUGAUACAGACACCGUCGUGUGCGAAAUGGUACAACUACAAUUUCAACAUUUGCCCACCAUUUGCACCCAAAGGAUUAAAAGUUAAGCGCAAAUAUGUUAGAGGAAAUGUUUACUCGCUGUACAUUAGUUGGAAAAAGGCUGAACAUGCGAUAAGCUACUACAUAAUAAUGGUUGUGGAUCGUAUAGGUGUUGGACGUGAUUAUAAAUUUAAUGUUAGUAAGGACAGCACAGCGUUUACAAUAGAAGAAAUCGAACUGAACGGCACACUCUACGAUGUGCAUUUGAUUGCCUGCACCCCGGGUGGCAACAGUUCCACCCUUCUGCAAGAGGUCAACAGCCAAACUGUGCUUCUGCCGGAUAAGAGCACAAAUAUUGCCUUGUUAGUUAUCGGCGGGCCAAUCGGCCUAAUCAGCAUUAUAAUCAUGUGGAUCGUCCUCCAUUAUCGGUGCGCAAAAUAUAGAAGACAUCAGAAGCGUUGUGAAUAUUUUCAGGACCUUGAAAAUAAAGCGCCUAUCGAUCCAAAGGGGACAUUUGACUUUCCAGCGAAAACUUUGCUCACCUCACCGGAAGACCUGACGCAGUUUCAAUUGGAUCUUGAGGAGAAAAUACUCUUCAACGAUGCCAUGGAAAUCGACCGCAACGAUAUUAUGUUGCACGAAAUUCUGGGUGAGGGCGCAUUUGGCUUGGUGCGGCGUGGCAUAUACCACGAUGGCAAGUCGGGCGUGCGCGAAGUGGCUGUCAAAAUGUUGAAAGAUCGUCCUUCUGCCGAUGAUGUGCGCGCUUUCCGGCGUGAAAUCGAAGUAAUGAAAUCGGUGGAGCGGCAUCCGAACAUUGUUGGCAUCAUCGGACAUUGCACAAAGCGUUACAAUGAAAUGCUCUUACUGACGGAAUACUGCAGUUUCGGCAAUUUGCUGGAUUUUUUAAGAGAUGAAUGGAAAUAUUUGUACGACUUGAAUGUAAAAUGCAGCAGUGCCUCAAUAAAUCGGAUGUGCAGCCGAUUGAGUCGAAACGGCGCCAAAAAACACCAGAGGCGUGGGCGCCGCAGCGUUUCGCAAACGCAACUACGCAAUCGUAGCGAUAGCAACAGCAACAGCCAACGCACCUCCAUUGACCGUAGCUACACCAGCAGAAGCGGCGGUUGUGGCACCGAGGAGGGUGGUGGUGGUGGCGGUGUUGCUAAGGUUUUCAGCAUUGACAGCAACAUCAUUGAGCGACUCAAGUUCAAAUAUAAAAAUCUAAACGCGCUACACCAGCGAAAUAGUCUUACAACAGCAACAACAACAACCCUCUAUCGACCCACAUAUGAUAUAUCCGCGGCGACUACGGUAACAUCGAUCGCCACCAUAAAUGGCAGUACGCCGCCGCCGCCACCCACGCCGCUGAUGUCGCCACACUCCAUUGCCGCAUACAACAAAUCGUACGGAUACGAGGAAAUCUGCUGCAACUCAUGCAAGAGUAACAAGUGUGUAAAAAACAAGAAAGUGUUUAACUGUACUACUCACAGUGGUGAGGCGACAAUGCAACAGUUUGACAACGAGCACGCAGAGCAACAGCAAAAAGAGGGUCACUACACGCAUACGAGAAAUUGUGAAUGCCAGCAAAAUUUAUUGAAUGAGGGUCACGCAAAAGCUCAACAACAACAACAACAACAAGCUGCUAACGAAAGUGCCCGGAAAUCGGCCGGUGCGGUGGAAAAUAAGUCAUAUUUUCGGUUUCUACCUGAAAUCGUGAGUGAGGCGGCACUGCGCCAACGUCAGUGGCAAAGGCGUCAAGCACGUGCUGUGGCACGCAACAGGGCGCUGGCGUUGCCACCUACUGACAAUAGCACAACUACUACAAUCACUAGUGCUGCAACUACCACAGACAAUUUCGACCAUGACGGCUUAAGCGGAACUGUACGCCGUCAGCCUUUAAGCACCGCCGAUCUCCUGGAUAUUGCGCGACAGGUUGCGGUUGGCAUGGAAUUUUUAGCAAAGAAUAAAGUGGUUCACCGUGACUUGGCUGCACGGAACGUGCUCGUUGCACCAGAUCGCACCAUUAAAAUUGCUGACUUUGGCCUGAGCCGUGACAUUUACCAGGAGAACGUUUAUAAGAAAACCGGAAAUGGGAAAUUGCCCAUCAAAUGGCUGGCCUUGGAAUCAAUGACUCACCAGGUGUACACGACGCAGAGCGAUGUUUGGUCGUAUGGCAUACUGCUCUAUGAGAUUGUGACACUCGGCGGCACACCGUACCCCUCAAUACCGACGCAUCGGCUAUUGCAUCUGCUGAAAACCGGCUACCGCAUGGAGAAGCCAAGGAAUUGCGGACCUGAAUUCUACAACCUCAUGUAUGCCUGUUGGAAUGUAAAUCCUGGUGAGCGCCCUCCUUUCAGUGAAAUUAUUAAAAUUCUUGAAGAUUUCAUGGUUGAUGAGCCGGAACGCCAAAUCGAGACUGUAUUGGGUGUGCCAAAUUUGGAGUGCAUUGAACAGUACACCCCUAAAGACAGUCAAUACCAACAACAACAACAACAGAAAAAGCAACAAGUUCAAGAGCACCAUGAAGAUAAUGAUGAAAUGUUGGAUACGUCGAAUAUGGACGACUCCUAUUUGAAGCCAUUGUAGUCGCACUAAGUCGGCUUGAGUGAAGUCUUGGAAAUUGGGAGUACAAAAGUUAUACAAAGCAUUUACAUACACACAUACAUUCAUACAGUAUAUAC